AUGCUGCAGGGAGAAGGCGUGUACUACACAGGAACCUGCUCUUACCCUGUCCUUACCUGGUUGAACCUGCCCCUGUUGUCCCCAGUCCUAGGAGAAGAGAAAGAGCCAGGGUGUCACCAGUGCGAGGGAGGCGAGCUAGAUGUAACACCCAGCCAGCUAGCUCAGAGAGCUCAAGCGAUGAUGAUUACCACCUCGUCAUGCCACUCAACCCGGCUGCUAUGGAGUUCCAGCCAAGGGCCCCCAUACCCGGACAGCUUGAGCAGAGAGCUGCACCUGUGGAGAGAGCUGAAGAAGCCUUUCCAGAGGCUGAUCCUGAACCAGUGCUGGAGGCAGAGCCAGAAACUCCCACCUCAGACUCCUCUGAGGAAGCUCCAGAGCCCCGCCCAGUCAGAGCCAGACGGCCCAGACGCCUGUACACCUACGAUCAUCUUGGUGAGCCCACUGUCCGAGAACUGCAGAGCUGUCCAGUCGGUGUGUCCAGGCCGGGGCCGAGAUGACCACGGCACCGCCAACCUAUAUCCUUUGCAUGUCGCACUUUGA